AUGGAUACAGCUGCUAUCUUGGAACAGUAUACCCAGGAUAUCUCUAAUCUACCUGCUGAGCUACAACACUUGUUAUCAGAGCUAGGAACCAGUGAUUCAAAUUUAUAUGAAGUCCGUCGUAAAGUACUACAAAAAGAUUCAACAAUUCAUAAGUUUAUUAAACAACAUGGUUCUUUAACUAAAAAUCCAAAAGAAAAUCAACUAUAUCCUAAAAUCAGAGAUGAUUUUAGAAAAGCUGAACAAAUACAGAGAGCUAAAUUAGUUACUGCAAAUACUGGGUUAUUUUUAACUGCAAAACAUUUGGUUAAAUUAGAAUCUGAUAUUGAAAAAUUAAAAGCUGAAGGUUUAUUAGCACUUGAUGAAUUAGAUAUUGAUUCGGAUGAUGAAUUGUUUUCAAGUAAACCUGGUUCAAGAGCUUCUACUGCUGCUGCUGCUGCUGCUGCUAGUAUUGGAUCUGCUUUGGGUAAUGGACAUGGUAUUAGUAGUAUUGAUUUAACACCAAGUAAUACUAAUACUAAUACUAAUUCUACAACUGUUAAGAAACAAUCAAGAAAAUCACAAGCUCCAAAAUCUUCAACCCCAAAUGCCACUAAUACAACUUCAACUUCAAGACCACAAAAAAGACAAAGAAAUGAAGAUUCUAAAACUCCAGAUCCAAAAAUUGAAUCAGUUAUACCGAAUGCUUCAUCAAAUUUGAAAAUUUCAACAAAAGCUCCAAAAGUUGAAAAUAAUGCUAAUGAAGAAGAAAAUGAAUUAUAUUGUUUUUGUCAACGUGUUUCAUUUGGUGAAAUGGUUGGUUGUGAUAAUGAUGAUUGUAAAUUUGAAUGGUUCCAUUAUGAAUGUGUUGGAUUAAAAGAACCACCAAAGGGGAAAUGGUAUUGUUCAGAUUGUAUUGAAAGACAAAAAGUUAAAGAAACUAAAAAGAAGAGAAAACAAUGA